AUGGACAACAUGCAGUGCGUUGUUAUGCAGAGUAUGGAGCGGUUUUCCGAUAUAAUAGAAGGCUUGGAAAAUGAAGAAUUGGAGACACGUCCAACCGAUGCCAGCGCCAAACUAUAUAUAAACUUGUGUGCAUAUUACCUAGUGGUAAACAAAAUGACGGAAGCCAACCUUUUGUGGAAACGUGUGCCGCAGCAUAUAAAAGAGGAAAACGAUGAGAUGCAGAAAUUAUAUUUAUUGACGCAGUGCUUGCAUUCCAAUAAUUUAUCAAAUUUUUUCAGACAUAUACAGUAUGAAUGGUCCGAUGACAUCAAAUCGGUAAUGGACCAAUUGCACCGGGACACAAAAAAAAAUGCUCUUACUUUAAUUGGAAAUGCGUACACUUCAAUUUUCGAGCAUAACCUAUCUGCGAUUAUGAACAUGCCAAAGGAUCAGUUGAAGGAAGCGUGCACCGCCCUGGAAUGGGAUUAUGAAUGCAUUAAUCAAAAAGCGAUUGUUUUUCCAAAACGCUUACCUCGAACAAAGAAUAUAUACACUAGUUCGGAAUAUCAAUUGUCAAAAUUAACUGAAUUUGUGUCGUUCCUGGAAAAUUAGAUGUUCGUAUAAAAAAUAAACUUCUUGAUUUGUGAGUGUAAAAUGUAAACUUUUAA